AUGUGUCGUGGUGAUCUCUCUUCCGAUCACUGCGACAGUUGUAUAGUCAACGCCGCAAAAUUUGCUCAAGAAACAGAUUGUAAACAUAAAGACGGCCUUUUCGAUUCUGACGAGUGCAUCUUUCGCUAUGCUAAUCACUCAAUGUACGGCCUAUUAGAACCGGCCGCAAGUAUUACUAUUGGGGCACCCACGGCGAAAGUGUCAAACUACAAGCAGUACAACCAUACAUUAGGGAUAUUGUUGGAAACGCUGAUUAGUGAAGCAGCAUUUGGAAAUGGAUCGUCGUCGAAUGUGCCGGGUUUCGCCACCAGAGAAGCGGAUGUUACAAGUGAUGAAACAAUUUAUGGUUUGGCUCAGUGUACGCCUGAUAUAGUUGGAGUUAAUUGUAGCAAGUGUUUGAGAUUUGGACUUUCAUCUUUAAGGUCUUGUUGUGAUGGUACUCAAGGGGCGCAAACUAUUAGGCCUAAAUGUUUGCUACGAUAUGAUAAUCGUACGUUUUAUAAUACUAUGGAUUCUAAUGCUUCUCCUUCUAGUACCCAAGAAAGGUUGAAGUACACCAUUUUUUUGGUUAUGAUUUCUUCCUUUUUAAUCCUGGUUGUAGGUGGCUGA